AUGUGUGGCCCGUUCUCCAGCUUCCAGGGGAUUAUUCGCCUGGUGGAGAUGAUAUCCAGCGCUCUGGCUCUGGCCGUCGUCCUGUUCAGAGGCAGGAUGGUCGUCCCCUGGGGCGUUUGCUGUGAGUUCGUCUGGGUGUUGUGCAUCGUCGUCCCCUUGGUGCUGCUCCUGGUGGAGAGCAGAGGUUGGCACAUCCUGCUGGCGGCCUUCCUCCCCAACUGGGCCGACCUGACCCUGGGCCUGACAGCUGUGUGCUGCAUCUGCGUGGUCUCCGCCACGCUGGCCUUCGCCGCCGUUUUCGUCUGCCUCACCUGCAUCGCAAACGUCCUGUGCUUCGUCUUCUCGCUGCUCGCCACGGCGAGCUUUCUGGUGGACGUCGUCAAGCAGAAGACGGCGUUCGGCAGCGGCUACAUGUCCAGCCUGAGAGGAACUCUCCGCAUAUUGGAGGCAUUCGUCGGCUGCAUGAUCCUCACCGCUGCCGUCGACCAUUUUGUGAGAGGCGAAUGGUUCUACAAACCUUUCGGGAUGACGCUGUGCGCCGUCAUCUUUGGAGUUUGCCUCCUGGUCACGGCGGCCAUCAUCGUCCUCAACCUGCUGAAGCUUCUGCAGUGUCUGCUGGUGUUCAGGCUGAACCUGGUGGAGUUGGUGUUCAACAUGGUGGCGGUGAUGCUGUACCUGCUUGCUGUCAUCCUCUGGACCGUGUUUGGCUACAGACGCUACAGGCACAACCCUUACACCUGCACCAAAUGUUCCUACUCAGACAUGAACGCCGUCACGGCAGGAAGCGUUUUGAACCUCAUUCUUUACAGUGUAGACCUGCUUCUAUCCAUCAGGUCACUGUAG